AUGAUGACCGGCUGCGCUGUCGUCCGCAAACGGAACAUCAAAUGCAGAACCAAGGUCAAAACUGGUUGCGCAACCUGCAGGGUCAGAAAGGUAAAAUGUGACGAGAACAAGCCGUUCUGCCAGAAGUGUGUCAGCACUGGCCGUACUUGCGACGGCUACCAGUCCCCUUUUAUAAUCUUGACCAGUCAACAACCCAUCAACAACGCUCAUGCUGGCAAGAGCAAUUCAGAUGUUGCUUUUCCAUCCAUCCGGCCCACAUUUACGGAGAUCGCCCCAGAGGACAUCGACCUCCUCAAUCGGUACUUCUCGACCAAAACCUUGUUCGACGUGGUCCUAGGCUGUGACGAAGAAGCCAGACAAAUUCUCCAAGCCAGCUUGACUGAUCCGCCCAUACGACAUGCAGUCUUGUCUCUCAAAGCUCUCCGGGAAGACCUCGAGACGUUCGGAGACGAUCUUGCGUCUGUCGUCGCGCAGCAGAGCCCAAGCCAACAUUAUGGCCUCCAACAAUACAGCAUGGCCUUGAGAGGUCUUGCAUCCAACCUGUCAUCUCUGGGUUCCAACGGGUUGAAGUCGGUGUUGCUCUGCUGUCAGAUCUUCAUAAGCAUUGAGCAAGUGCGGAAGAAUUACACUGCCAUGGCCCAGCAUAUCAUUCAAGGACUCAGGAUCAUGCACGAGCACAGGGCACGGCCAGGGCUUCUCGCAGGGCAAAAACUUGUGCCUGCACACCACGACCAAUUGCCCUUGCUGGACGUCUUCAUCAUUAAGCUGUUUGCUGCACCAUGCAAAUUUGCAGAUCCUCCUCCUCCAACAACAGCCGACGCAGGCGGAACAACUUUGUUUGCGCCUCAUCAAAUGCCUGUCGGAGCUUGCGAUCUUCGCACAAUUGCGCCCGACAUGCGGACCGGACUUACAAGGAUCGCCGCGUCGACGCUUGACUUCCUCGACAAAGUAUCACAAGUCCAAUCAGUAGAAAGCGCUCUCGGACUCCUGCCCCAGAAAGCAGCCCUGUUGGACUCGUUGGAAUCAUGGCUCCUAGAUCUCGACCUCGUUCAGAAGACGGACGUCGCCCGACCUUCUAGCCCCGAGCCUAUUUCCGUCUCGUUCUUGCGCCUCUUCCAUCUCGUCCUGAAAAUCGUCCUCAUGGGAGCCUUAAACCCCUCGCCGGAUCUUGGUGCCCAGCUGCGAACCGACACCGACCGGUUGCAGGACGUGGCCAACAAUGUCGGCGAAAGAGUCAGAGCAUAUACAACGUGCAGUGGCAGUAGUGGUGGUCGAGGAGAGCGCUCCACGGCUCUGUGUUGA